AUGUCAUUUUUCCUCACAGAUUUGGCAGGAUUGCUUAUUAAAAUGGGCUAUGUGACAGGCCAGAGAGAUAAUUGGAUUGAAGAGAUUAAAUGGUGCGCUGACUCUUUUGUGGGUUCUUCCAUCAUUACCACCAUCUGGAAGCUUACUUUUAAUAUCUAUGUCUAUCACAUAUGGAAGGAGAGGAAAGCCAGACUCUUCAAGCAAACCAAUCUAUCCACUGAUAAGGUCUGUUGGCUUAUUAUUCGAGACAUCCAACUGAAACUUGCUUCCCAUGAUAUAGUAGUUGAUGUUAUUCCUUUCUCUAGAAGUUUCUUUCAUAUGUGGAAUGUCACUUGUAUUUUCCAACUGAAAGUGGAACUUAGAUGCACUUGGGUAAGGCCUGAAGGGGACACUGUGAUGAUCAAUACUGAUGGAUCUCUAAGACUUACAAUGGGAUGUUUUGGUGUUAUUAUUAGAUAUGGUCUUGGGGUUUGUCUUAUUGCUUUUGCUGGGUCUAGCAUGGUCAUAUCUGUUCUAGGACAUGAGUUACAAGGGAUUGAAGCAGGGAUGUUGGCUGCUAUACAUAGGGGUUUUAAGAGAAGUCACUUUGGAUUGGACUCGAUGGCUGCUGUCACUUUAAUGAAUAAUACAGAUCCUGAUCCUCCUAGGAAUGUGAGGUAUAUUUGGAGACAUAUUGUUAGAUUGCGAAAGCAACUCGACUGGAUAAGGAUUGAUCACAUUUAUCGUGAGACUAACAGAGCUACAGACUGGCUAGAUGGAAUUUAUCCUCCAUCAGCUUUUGAGAUCAUUGACUGGGAGCGAUUAGGGGAAGAGUUUGCUGGUAUUCUUACUGAUGAUAGUAGUCAGAUAGUUUACUUUCAAUUGUAA